AUGCGUGGGACUCUGUGGGGUUGGCAGUUUUCGAAGGGCGACGGUGGAAGUACGCUCAUCAUCGCGCAGGUCGACGACAAGGCAAGACUCAAAAUGGGCAUCGACAUCGCCAAGCACCACGUGAAGAAGGGCGCACGGACUGCCCCGGCCAGCGAGGACCCGUACUUGCUCUUGCUCGUCAAGCUGUACCGUUUCCUCGCCCGCCGCACCGACUCCGACUUCAACAAGGCGAUCCUCAAGCGCCUGUACCUCUCCAAGAUCAACCGCCCGCCGGUGUCGCUCUCGAAGCUCGUGGUGGAGACGAAGAGCGUGCCUGAGCUCGAGUCGAAGGUCGUCGUCGUCGUCGGCACGAUCACCGAUGAUGUCCGCCUGACGGAGCUCCCGAAGCUCUCCGUCGCCGCCCUCCGCUUCACCGCCUCCGCACGCGAGCGCAUCCUCAAGGCCGGCGGCGAGGUUCUCACCCUCGACCAGCUCGCAACCCGCGCACCCACCGGCUCAAACACCGUCCUCAUCCGCGGCAAGCGCAACUCGCGCGAGUCCGUCAAGCACUUCGGCAUGGGCCCCCACAAGCACAAGAGGCCACACACCAUCUCCAAGGGCCGCAAGUUCGAGCGUGGUCGUGGUCGCAGGGCUUCGCGCGGUUUCAAGGUCUAA